CAUUUGUUGUAUAUCAACCAUGUCCAACGAUUCGAGGUCUCUGAGACGCUCUUUUAAGAAAAGCUUCAACAAAGCAAAAACAGGUUCAGAACCUUGGUCGUGUUUCAUCCUCGUUUUCCUGUGAGUUGUUGUUUCUUCAAAGUUGGGGUCUUUUUGGUUUCCUUGUCUUUGUUUCGGGUCUUGCAGAAAAUGGGUAUAGGGGAGAAGAGUCCAAGGAGCUUUCAUCGCUACAAUAACCACCAUAAGCAAGAGUUCAGAGAUGUUCCAAAAGGGUGCAUGGCCAUCAAGGUGGGUCAAGGAGAGGAGCAACAAAGAUUCGUUGUUCCUGUCAUAUACAUCAAUCACCCUCUCUUCAUGCAGUUGUUGAAGGAGGCUGAAGAAGAAUAUGGAUUUGAUCAGAAAGGAACCAUAACAAUCCCUUGCCAUGUUGAAGAAUUCAGAAACGUUAGGGGCUUGAUUGAUAGGGACAAGUCCCUUCAUCACCACCAUCACCACCAUGUUGGGUGCUUUGGAUUUUGAAUUCUGAUCAAAACCAUCAAAUAAAAAAAUGAUCUUGGUCAAUAUUUCACCACCCCCUUCAAGUUUUUUUCAUCAUUUGGUCAUGUAAAUUCCUAGUUUUUAGCCUCUUUUUACAGUUUCUUUUUUAUGAAAAAUAUGAAGGAAAAAAAAAAAAAAAAGAGAACACCUUAGGUAAGUGAUGACGAGGACAAUAGAAUGUUGCUUCUUCCAAUUGUACUUACUUUUCUAUAUCGGUAGGAAUCGCAAUGGAAAAAGGAGAUGCUUUUCUUUUCUCUUCUUUUCUUUUUCUUCCUUUUCUUUUCUUGAAGAAUU